CUGCGCUGCGCUGCACAGCAGCUGCACGCGCUCACUUCCACUGUUUGACAAAACCUCCCCAUUUAGACAGAGCGGAGCGGAGCGAGCUGAACGUGUGCGGCGGUAAUGGCUGCCAGGGAGAGGGAGGAAGACAACAAAUGAACCCCCGGGAAACGAGCUAAAGUGAGGACUAGGAUGGUAAGCAGUCAGCCGAAGUACGAGCUGAUCCAGGAGGUGGGGCGCGGCAGUUACGGCGUGGUUUAUGAGGCAGUGGUGAAACGUACGGGGGCCCGUGUGGCCGUGAAGAAGAUCCGCUGCCACUCUCCAGAGAAUGUGGAACUGGCCCUGCGGGAGUUCUGGGCCCUCAGCAGCAUCCAAAGCCAGCACCCGAACGUCAUCCACCUGGAGGAGUGUAUCCUGCAGCGGGACCAGCUGGCCCAGAGAAUGAACCAUGGUUCCAGCUCUCCGCUCUACCUGGAGCUGGUGGAGACAUCUCUUAAAGGCGAGAUCACCUUUGACCCCUGCUGUGCCUACUACUUGUGGUUCGUCAUGGACUUCUGUGACGGGGGUGACAUGAACGCCUACCUUCUGUCCCGCAAGCCCAGUCGCAAGACCAACACCAGCUUCAUGCUGCAGCUGGGCAGCGCCUUGGCCUUCCUGCACCGCAACCAGAUCAUACACCGCGACCUCAAACCAGACAACAUCCUCAUCUCCCAGGCUUGCACGCCGACCGGCUCAUCCGAGCCCACACUAAAGGUGGCCGACUUCGGCCUGAGCAAAGUCUGCUCCACCUCUGGGCUCAACCCAGAGGAGCCGGCCAGCGUCAACAAGUGCUUCCUGUCCACGGCUUGUGGAACAGACUUCUACAUGGCCCCAGAGGUUUGGGAGGGUCACUACACGGCCAAGGCGGAUAUCUUUGCCCUGGGGGUGAUUAUCUGGGCCAUGGUGGAGCGCAUCACGUUUGUGGAUGUGGAAACUCAGAAGGAGCUGCUGGGGAGCUAUGUGCAGCAGGGCACAGAGAUUGUACCUCUAGGCGAGGCCCUGCUGGAGAACCCAAAGAUGGAGCUGCUAAUCCCCGCCAGGAAAAAGAGCAUGAACAGCCACAUGAAGCAGCUGAUCAGGGAGAUGUUGUCGGCCAACCCUCAGGAACGGCCCGACGCCUUUGAACUGGAGCUCAGACUGGUCCGUAUUGCCUGCAGAGAGCUGGACUGGGACACGUGAUGGACAGGGCGGCGGCGCCACAGACUCAGCCGAUGAAGCACAUGUACACAUCUCAUCUGCUACUGUUGACCUCGAUGGUUCAUGGAGGAUUGUUUUGUAACAAGGGAACAAUCACUAGAAUAGUCAUUCUUUGUGUCAUGGCUUAAAACCUCAUCCACUUUCCAAGUGCAUACACUCUUCACUAGUUAGUUUUGUUUUCAUAAUGAAAAGGAUAAAUGUGACAACUUCUGCUGCUCCUGCUCCUCAACACUGCAGCUGAGGCUCAGGCUAAUCACAUCACAGCUUCCCCUUUUCCUCACUGGAGCGUGAGCAGAGAGCAGGACAACCCCAAACGUCCUAUUAUAAAGUUGAAAGUCUCACAGCGCUCUUCCAUUAUACUCUUCUAGCACUACUUGGCUCGACUCGUUUUUUGCCUUUCCAUCAGUGAGGGUACCUGGUGCUUUUUUUUUAAUGGGACCUGCUCUGAAAAAAUCCUGAAAAUGUGUUAACCACUAAUUUAGCAAGGACAUUUCUAAAAUUUAUUUAACAGAAGUCUGGUGUAUUUAGCGACAUAACCGCGGGAUCACAACCCGUUCAGCCGUAUUUCAGUUCAGUGACUGUGUCAGACGGAGUCUGUGCUCCGGUCAUGCAGGAAGUACUGAACCAUUCUGUGAUCAAAUCUUUUUAUUUAAGCUUGAUGUUUCAGUUAAAAACGACUGCUUUGACUUGUUUGUGUCACUUAUAAAACAACGUCACGGCAGUCUCGUGCAGCCGUGCUGUGAAGACCCCGUCCUCGUUGAGGAGGUGCUAUGAACGACGUGACUGAUACCAGGCCGAGUAGAGCCGAGUAGUGCUAGAACUGUGUAAUGGGAAAGCGCCAUACAGGUUUGUCUACACAUACCCUCCUGGACUCGGUGCUAAGUCGUAACACAUGCAAUAUGAGACACAAUCCUGUGAUUUUUUACAGUCUACUUUUAUCCAAAGGGACAAUAUUUAAACCUCAGUGUGUAGAAUGUUGUGAAGCCACUCGCGGCUGUGACAGCUCUUGACUCUCAGAGGGAUUUCUGCACUGGUCAUCUCCACCAGCAUCGACACUUAUGUCCAGAUCCGACUCUGUUUUGGCAUCAAAUGCAGAUAUGCACUGAAUGCUCAGGUAAAAACAAACACAACAGCGUGAUGGUAUUUGUAGACAAACUUGGCACGGACGGGGUCAGUCCUGCUCUGUGGUCUUUGAGUGGAAGAAUAUACUCAACUACAGUGAAGGAAAAUAACUUGUUUUUUUUCUGUUGGUCAUGUUGGGUGGAGGACGUUUUAUCAGUGUCCGUCCUGCAAGUCCUUCUCGUUGGCAUUUGUACGCUGUCCCUGAUGCAAACACUAAGAUAAGUGGAUUAGUCUGAGACACACCCUUAACCACUAGAAUGUAUGAUGGUUAAAGACCUUUGUCUGUAGAGUGAUUGUUGUGAGAAGGAGAGCCAAGCUUAGAAAUCUUUCACUGAUUCAGCGAGCUCAUGUUCAGGCUUUAUUUUCAUAGUUUUGGUCAUUACUCCCAUUCAUGAUGAUGAUGCUUGGGUUAUUUUUGCUAAAUGUAUAAACUACAAAUUAAAAAUGUUAACUGAAGUAGGGCUGCAAUCAUUAAUCAAUACUAAAUUAACAACUAUAUUUAACUGUUUUUUCAGUUGCUUAAAUGUGAAUAUUUUCUAGUUUCUUUGCUCUAUUUAACAAAAAGGGUUAAAAAAGGUUUGGGAAACAGAAUCACCAUUUUUCAACAGUUUCUAAUAUUUUAUGGACAAAAUAAUCGAAUAAUGGUGAAAAUAAUCAAACGAUCAAUAGAUUAUGAAGAUAAUCAUUAGUUGCAGCCCUAAGUGAAAUAAAAUUUCAGACUAAAUGGCGUGUAGUGACAAAUAUACACAGAAACCUCUGCAUUACACGAUAAGAAAAAACCCUCAGCCUUUAGUUGGGAUAUUUCUCUAAUUUGACCCUCAUCUGAUUCUGAAUGUGUUUGUGUUUUGUUGGAACAAAACAAGGCUUUUAUUGACUGCCAGUGAGUCGAGUAUUGAAAGUGAAACUUAUCUCAAACUUGGACAUAACAACACAACAUGAAGGCUUAAUUUAUGCUCAUAUUAGAAGCAUUUUGCACAAUGUACAGAGCUUUUUCACAGCUUUUCUAAAAGCUUAAUUCUGUGUGGUAUGUGCUCCUUCUCUUAAAUAUCAUGAUUAUGUGGUAACACGUGACCUCAGAGCUUACAUUUCUUGUUUGCAGCAGGUGGAACGCAAACAUUCCCUGCAGUUGAGACAAUUUCGUAAUUUCGUAAAGCGACAGAUGAUGAAAAAAGCAGCCUUUUUAAACCACUCCCCUUCCUGCACCAAAGUUCGUAGAGAAAAUCAACAAUUUUACAUUGUGCCUCACAGGACUUGUACAUCCACUGCUGCCGCCAUCACUGAGUUCAAAAGUGUCAUUUUGUGACAGAAAUGUUUUGAAAUCCUGUUUUUGGAUUUACCUAAGUGACACGACCUAAAUGGAAUGAGGCCGCAGUGGAUAAGCCGCUCCUGUUUCCCUGUGAGCUAAAAAUGCUGGUUUUCUCUAUGUACUUUGGUGCUGGAGAGGAGACACUUUACAAACUUCAGUUUAAUGAUGAGAUAAAGUCAAUGUAAGCAGCUGUAGAUUUAAUAAGUUGAGCCUUUAUUUGAAACCUGAACCAUCACAUUAAUGUGGUGAAAUGAGGAAGUGAAUCCAGUAUUUUGAAGAUGUGGUUUUUUUAAAAAAAAAAUCAGCUGCCGUUUACUCCUUUUUUUUUCUCCAUGUCCCUGAAGGUUAAUGCAAUUAGAUCUUAUCUGGUUCACAACUAUGAAAAUAAAGCCCAAAUCACAGUAAAUAAUAUCAAAAAUAACAAACGGACAAGUUUCUAUGUUGCCUGAACAUAAAUUGAAUUAUCUGAAAAGGUGAGCUGCUUAAUUUAAAAAGGAGCAGUGACAUGAAUUUUCACUUCUGAGGCCAUUUAUACGUGACAGCACUUUGAUUGUGGGGUUUUAUAUUUAGUCCCACUAAGUACAGUCGUAUGGAGGAGCACCGUGAGGCUGGACUGGUUGUGAUAACCGCGUUGCUAUUUGUUUAUCUCACUAACACAAUAUCAGCCAACAGUCUACUUAUGCGUGCGGCGUCUCUCACCUUCAGGGAAGAAACGAUCGCACAAUCCUCCACGGGCCAAAUCAUCCCAUUUUCUUUCAUUUUUUUAUUUAUUUAUUUCCUUCUUUGACACAAUACAGUUGUGUUUAACUUGAUCUCCUUUGACUGUGUCACUGCUCCAGGUUUCCUCAGGCUCUGGAUCUUACAGUAAUCCCUUUCUUCAUGCUUCCGACAGGCUAAUUCUAAGCCUAUUAAGUUGUUGCAGCACUUGGCAGAGGAUCAGGCCAGGGACUCGCUUUUUCUUUUUUCUUUUUUUUUGGUUGCCUUUCAGUUCGUACAUAAAUUGUGCACUUUUGCAAAUUUGAGGAACACCAGAAAAACCAAACAAUCUUGGCUUCUUGGCUGCACUCAAACUCUGGCAGAAGAUCAAAUUUCCCUCGACUCGUUGCCAACAUGUGUCUGAAAUACCUCCUUAAAUUCUCCCUGUGGCUGUAAUCGUUUUUAUUUCCUGUCAUGAUGCGAUUAGGAUUUGCCUUAUUUCACAGAAAGUCGAUGAAAUACCAACUCGACAAAGUGCUUUGAAACCACAAAUCAGUAUUGAAACACUUGCCUUUAUUACAGGACGUCUACGCUGCUGUUCAGCUUCAAGAAUGUUUGCAUUUGUGGCUUCUUUUUUUUUUUUCUUAAUAUGUGAGCAGCAAAGUUUGGAUUUAAAGUAGGUCACCCAUAUCCUCAGAGCAGAGCAUGAUGGGUAGAGCCACUUCCAGCUAGAACUCUACCUUGUACCGUUUCGAACCACAAGGGUGGGCACUUGGUUUCUUUUUGAGGUUUGCCAAACAAAUGCUACGUCUCUGGUUUCAUGAGAUUUCACCCUUUUUUGAUUUUUGUUGAAUUAUUGAAUAAUUUUGCACAUGUGUAAAUACUGUAUAGGACGAACGGGGCUUGAUGUACGUUUAUUUUUGAGUGGACUUGCUCUGUUUUUAAGAGCGCGACUCGUUUGUAAAUUGCUGUGAUGGAUUCAGUUUUCCUUCCGCUCGUCAUCGUCGCGCUUCAGUUUUACGUCAAUCAUCGGAAAGAUGUGAUCUGUUCACAGGGUAAAUGUCAAGUGUGCUAGUGAUAACUGUGUGUUUUGCAUUUGGACUAUUGUUUGUGGUUUUUGUGUAAGCUAAGCUAAGCUGGUAUUCAUCUUGUCUGGUACUGGACUAUCAGGAAAUGGAACUGGAUUCUUCAUUUAAAACCCACCUCUGUAUGUAAGACCUGAUCCAGGACCGUCAUACAAUGAACCUGGCACUUGGACAUUUCAGUCACUGUGUGGCUCAUUAAGUUUGUUACAUUAAAAAUGUUGAAAAUGAGAA